AUGCCGCUCUUGUAUUCAAACGUCAAUAUUGACUUGUUCCUCCAAGAAGCAAGCCUUCUUGAAAAAAUAUCGCUUUUAGCCGGAGCUGACCUGUGGCAUACCACCCCGAUCCCGAGGUUUGGAGUGCCAGCCAUCAAGACCACGGAUGGCCCCAACGGUGCAAGGGGAUGCAAAUAUUUUAACCCGGUUCCGGCAGCCUGCAUCCCUUCUGGUGGCGCGCUUGGUGCGACAUGGAAUGAUGAACUUAUUCAGCAAGCGGGUGAGCUCCUGUCCAAGGAGUGUGCGGCGAAGGGUGCCCAUGUCUGGCUUGGUCCCAACGUCAACAUCCCGCGCUCGCCUCUGAAUGGCAGGGCCUUCGAAUGCUUCUCUGAGGAUCCCCACCUAAGCGGCAUGCUCGCUGCCGCUAUCAUCAGAGGUGUUCAAUCUGGAGGCACAUUAGCUGCGUUGAAGCACUUUGUGGCAAACGAUCAGGAAACUGAGAAGAUCUCCAUUGACGUCUCCGUGUCCGACAGAGCACUGCGUGAAAUCUAUUUGAUGCCAUUUCAGAUUGCUUUGCGAGACAGCAACCCUGGAGUAGUCAUGUCCUCUUACAAUAAGGUUCAAGGAACGCAUGCUUCAGAGAGUCCGAAGCUUUUGGAUCAAAUUUUGAGAAAGGAAUGGGGUUUUGGCGGGCUGGUCAUGAGUGAUUGGUACGGUACCUACUCUUGCGAAGCUGCUCUAAUUGCAGGGCUGGAUAUCGAAAUGCCUGGACCACCGCGCCACCGUACCAGAGGAAUCGUCCAAGCAAUAGCAACGGGAAAACUGAACGCCUAUGUGAUUGACGUGCGCGUGAGGAAGAUUCUUGAGUUUAUCAAUCAAGCAGCAUCCACUCCUGUCGCAGAGGUUGAAGCAAUACGUGACGUUCCCAAUGACCGGGUUUUCAACCGGCUCCUCGCAACAGAGAGCAUCGUCCUGCUGAAAAACUCUGCUGGAACUCUUCCUAUCAAUCCACAAGAGUGUAAUGAGGUAGCCAUUAUCGGACCCAAUGCCAAACUCCCAGGCGCCUGUGGUGGUGGAAGCGCCGAUUUACGUCCGUACUACACCACUUCGAUCUUCCAGGGUAUCAAGGGGUCUCUUCCGCCGACCACAACUAUCCGCUAUGAACCUGGCGUUUACGGGCACAUCCUCCUGCCCAUCUUCUCCGAGGCAAACGUCACCAACGACAUUGGCCAGCCGGGGGUUUCGAUCGCAAUGUUCAACGAGCCAUCGACUUGUCAAGGGCGUACAUCAUUUGACACCUGCACAAUCCCCGAUACGACAUACCAAUUAAUGGAUUAUUCUCAUCCAGAGGCAUGUGACCCAUUCUAUAUUUCCAUGCAUGCGAGCUUCAUCCCUGAACAGGAUGGGGUCUAUGAAUUCGGCCUCGCAAGCUAUGGAAUUAGCGACCUGUAUAUCGAUGACGUCCUCGUGAUCAAUAACUCGGCUGAUCAGGUGUUUGGCGGGAUGUUCUUCGGUAAAGGCUCAGUCGAGAAGCGGGGAGUAUUCGAAAUGGUGGCUGGCAAACAGUACACUCUGAGGGUUGAGGCGGGCGGUGCGUCAACGAAUCGACUAACUGGAGGUCAUGGGCUUCCAAUCCCAGGAGGCGCAUGUCGCUUAGGAGGCUGUGUGAAGAUUGAUCCCAAAGAGAGCAUACAAGAAGCUGUCAAGUUGGCACGGAGGUGCAAGACGACGUUUGUCGUUGCUGGGUUGAAUUCGGAUAUCGAAAAGGAAGGUCGCGAUCGACCCACGAUGGACCUGCCUCCUUUCGUCGACGACCUCAUUGACUCGGUCCUGGCUGCCAAUCCCGCGGCUGUUGUCAUCACACAGUCAGGUUCUCCCGUUGCCAUGCCGUGGCGGAAAUCGGCAUCAUCCAUCUUACACUCCUGGUACGGCGGCAGCGAAGCUGGUAAUGCGGUCGCCGAUGUCCUUUUCGGUCGUGCCAAUCCCUCCGGUAAGCUUCCCGUCACAUUUCCUGCGAAGUUAGAAGACACGCCUAGUUACCUCAGCUUUGGAACCGAUAACGGCAAAAUUCUGUAUGCAGAGGAUGUGUUUGUCGGUUACCGCGGCUACGAAGCGAGAAACACAGAGGUGGCAUUUCCGUUUGGCCAUGGACUUGGCUACACGAUAUUUGCCGCGUCCUCGCUCACCCUCACUCCCUUGGCGAAGCCGACACAAAUCUCCAUUGAUAUCAAGAACACUGGUGGUCGCGCCGGUGCCGAAGUCGUCCGUCUCUAUAUCUCAUUUUGUGCAACCUCGACUUCCAAGUCCCGAUUCCUACGCCCUAAACGUGAAUUGAAGGGUUACAAGAAGGUCUCACUACAACCGAGUGAGACUAAGGUGGUGGUGAUGCCUAUCAGUAAAUAUAGCACAGCGGUUUGGGAUGAGAGAAGAAACUCUUGGUGCUGUGAACGAGGGCUUUAUCGAGUGAGUGUAGUUGUUGGUGAGGAGGCACUGCAAGAAACAUUCGAAAUUCAGAAUGAUGAGUUCUGGAGUGGACUUUGA